GCAAGAAAAACAGUGAAGGAAGAGCCACGCCGCCCACCGAGCGAGAGCGCACCAGCGAUUUCGCAACCGCCGCCUCUGCUGCUGCUGCUGCUGCUGCUGCCCCGUUUAAAGGCGCGGAGGAGCGGAGGAGGAGGAGGGCAGACACCCGCUGACAGCCAGCCAGACGGAGGAACCGACAAAAGGUCCUGCUGCGUUGCUGCGUUGUAUUUGUGAUUUUGGGCGUCACGACUGAUCGGAUCAAGUUGGAUCGAGCCUCUUCCAGUUUGGAUGAAGGGCCAUGUUGCCACCGCAGACCCGUGACAUCGCUGUGAAGUCGUGGACGGUGGUGGACCGCAAAGCAUCCGGUUCCUCGCUCGGAGCUGCAGAAUUUUCCUUCUAGAUCCGUUCCUGCUUUCACCCGCCACCCAAAUGAAUCUGUGUGAAAUGGAGACUCUUUCCCAGGAUUCAAUUCUGGAGUGCCAGAUCUGCUUUAACUACUACAGCCCCCGGCGGCGGCCCAAACUCCUGGACUGCCGCCACACGUGCUGCUCGGUGUGUUUGACCCAAAUGCGCAGCAGCCAGAAGGAGAUCCGCUGCCCCUGGUGCCGCGGCGUCACCAAACUUCCGCCGGGUUUGUCCGUCUCCCAGCUCCCCGACGACCCGGACAUCAUCACAGUCAUCGCCAUCCCCCACGCCUCCGAGCACACGCCCGUCUUCAUCCGCCUCCCCAGCAACGGGUGCUACAUGCUGCCGCUGCCCGUCGCCAAGGAGCGGGCGCUGGGCCUGCCGGGCGAGCUCGGGUGCCGCUUCCUUCCCGGCGGCCAGCAGAAGGGCGUGACGGUGGUGACGGUGCCCGAGCAGCAGCCCCUGGGCCUGGCGAUGGGCCUGGAGGGCGUCGGGGUGGGUCUGGAGGGCGGCGAGGGCGAGAGGAGGGUGGCCGGGCCGGUGGGCGGCGCGGGGAAGGGAUCCACGUGGUCCGGCGUCUGCACGGUGAUCCUGGUGGCCUGCGUGCUGCUCUUCCUCCUGGGCAUCGUCCUGCACAACAUGUCCUGCAUCUCCAAACGCUUCACCGUCAUCUCCUGCGGCUGAAGGGAGGCAGAUCGGACCGCCGCGGACCUCCCCUGGAUUCCCCCCCACCGGCCCUGCCUCUCCUCAGGGCGGGACUCUGCUGAGGAGAGGGGACUCAACUCACAUCAUGGGCAUUCAAGGAAACUACCGAGCAAAGUAGACGGACACCGAUGACGGACGUGAGGGCAGGAAGGAGAUCCACAAACUGGUCUGCCGUUACUUUUUUUAAAAAAACAUGAAACACUCAAACCUUCACUUUCCGUCUCCAUUUCCUUUCGUUUCCUCUGAAAGAGCGCUUCGGGAAUCGAUCCAGAUUUGUUUUCUGGCUGGAAGCCGGGCUCGCUCACAUUCACAGUGGUCGGAUUGCCUGUUUAGUCUGUGGUUUGUAGAAGUACAUCAUAGUGUUGUUUCGCCGAGUGUGGCGUCUCCAGCUGGACGGACUUGGCUGCUCUCCGUUCUCCCGACGCCGCAGGAAUUAACUGUGCAGGAUCCACGUCUGGUCUGAAUAAUUUAGAGAGUCAACACAGCUUUUCGUUUUCUUUUUACGCAACCUGUUCGGAGCAAACUGUUGCUGUGACACGGCUAAGACAAGGGUUGUCAAAAAAUAUGGAUUGUAAUGUUCAUACAUGCCAGCAUAUUGUACAGCUGAACUGCAAAACACAAGGUAGUGUUGAGUUGCUUUAAAGUGUGAGUCACUGCUAAAGCCAUCUGAUGAUUGGUUCGUUGGUAAUUUGAUUGUUUAAGCAAAACCGUUUCAUGGCUCCAGCCUCUCAAGUAUCAGGAAUUGCUGUUUUCUCCUCAUAUUUGUAUCGCUGGUUGCACAAAACAAGCAAUCUGAAGCUGUCAAAACUUGCCACAGUUGCUUUUAUAUGACCGUUUCUUUGCUAAACCUUGACAGGCUAAUUCAUAUUGCAAGAAAAUUUGCACAUUUUUUUCAAAGGUUUCAAUGAGAAGAUCAACUUCAUACCUGUCUGUUAGCUAUGGAGGCAUUUAGCUUAGCAUAAAGUGGAGGCAGGAAGAAACAGCUAGCUAGGCUCUCGGUUUAAAAAAACAAACAAAAAAAGCAAUUUCUAAAGCCAAUUAUAAACACAUGUUUAGUCUGUACACAAAUAAAAGUGUAGUAUUCUUGGUGCUACAUAUGCUACAAGAGGAUGUGUUGCAUUACUUUUAAAACGUUUGUAUGGGUGAAAAAACGAGAAGCCUGUCGAGCUGUUUUAUUGUGCUUUCAGAUAGCUAGCAUGCUAACUCUCCACGUUACUUCCGUCAGAAACAAGUUACGUGAUUGCAUUUUUUAUUUACUUUGAGCAGAGCCUAUCUAGGUCUUUACUAGCAAGCAUGUUAGCCCCCUGUGUAAGUCCCCACCCAAAAAAGAUCUGUUCGUAUAUUGUAAAAUCGAGUUAAAACAAAGUAACUGGGAACUUUAGAGCUGUUGAAAAGCAUAUUUUUUUUACUUUGAAGAGAGCCAGACUAUGUGGCGAUUGAGGCUUCCAUGUAGCGGCGUAGCAUGCUAGCUCUUCAGUUAACUUCCCCCAAAAUUAGGUUCUAAAUUUGUGAGGAUUUAAUUAAGGCAAACAUGAUGCUAUGAUUUGAGUUAUUUCAACGAGUUAAUAGGUAUUCUUUAUUUUAUUUUAUUUUUUUAUGAGACCAGGCUGACCUGUUUCUCCUUGCGUACGGCUAACAUGCUAGCUCUUGAUGUUUUACAGUUACAUUUCUAAGUCAUUAAAGAUUACACAAUAAAACAAAAAUGUACAACAGUAAUUUAAGGGCAUAUUUUUAUACUUUGAAGAGAGCUAAACUAGUUGUUUCACCCUGCGUACAAACAGUUUCACGCUACAUGCUAGCUGAAUUACAGCACAUACCUAAAAAAAAAAAACUAUUGCUUUCCUUAUUUUCUACGGAUUAAUCAAGCAUAAAACAACAUACUAUAAUUUUAGCGCUGUCAAUAAAUAAGUGGGUGUGCUUUUGAGCUUUGAAGAGACCUGUGUUAGCUGUAUUUGUGUUAGCUAAUGAGCAUGCUAGCCCCCUCAUAUAACUCCACCAAAAACAAGUUGUGGUUUUUUGAGGAUUAAAUAUUAAACAUUGCUAUAAUUUACAUGCUUUAGAUGUGGUGAUAUUUAUUUGAAGUUAGAAGAUAGCCAGUCUAGCUGUUUCACCCUGGUAGCUAGCUAGCAUGCUAGCUCCUCAUAUAGCUCCCACCAUAAAACAAGUUAUGCAUUCUGAAAGAUUAAACAAACCAAAUAAAACAUAUGACGAUGACAGGUAGGCCAGCUGUUUUCCCUGCUUCCAGUCUGUAUGCUAAGCUAAGCUAACAGCCUCAAGGUUCCAGCUCUAAACCGAGAUAUAAGACUGGUAUUGGUCUUCUCAUUGAACUCUGCAAGAAAGCCAAUAAGACAAAAUGUCAGGAUAUUCCUUUAAAUAGAACGAAUGCAGAAUCUGACCUUGGACACAAGUUUUCUUGAUUUCUUUCACUUCUGCAGCGCAUCAGUUUUGAGUUUUCCCACGGAUGCUUUUCAUCUUGCACAGCUUGUUCGGCGACUUUUCACCCCGACCUCCUUCAAGACCAGCGCCGCCCUCUGAAGCCAGACCCUCCAGGAUCUUCGCCGGCAGCCCACACACACACAACACACACACCAUCGACUCCUCGUCUUAAUACCUUCUUAAUUCAGAAACUGGCGGAUAUAUGGGCUUGGCGGUGCGUGUUCAUGUGUGUGAGUAAUGGGUCAGCGUCGGGUCAGGAGUGGGCGGUUGCUGCAGGGUUCCUGUUAAUGAAGGCUGUAUCGAUUUAUCUGCGUUUGGAUAUCUCUCCGCAGAGAUGGAUGUUUCUGUUUUUGUUUUUGUUGUGUUUUUUUUUUUCCUUCACUUUUUAUAUGUCGAGGCAGCAGUUUGCCGUGAGGCGGUGGGGUGUACAGCACACACAAACAGGGUGGACGCCUUUGUACAGCAGCCUCGUCGUGUACAGAACGAUUGUAGUUUUCUGGUGUUUUUCCGAUGAUUUCCUUUCGUUGACAUGUUUUGUUUUUUAUUUAGAGGGCUAAUCUGAGAUGAGGAAGAAGCGGUUAUUCAGUGCACCUCAAGGCAUGAGGAGAGUCGUUUUUGGCAGAUGGCAAAAUGUUAGAUAUAAAUAUACAGUUGUUUAGUUCACAGUUUAUUCAUCCAGUCACUAAAGGUUAACAAAACUGACUUUGCCCCUUAAAAAUUUCAGCAAAUUUUCUUCAAUUUCGACCCCAAACUGCAGAUAAUUUUGGAUUUACUGGCUUAAAUCAAACCGUUGAGGCCACGUCAGGGCGGCCGUUUGUUUUGCAGAUGCAGCGAGUUAACUUCAUCCAGGCUGGUUUGUGUGCGACGUGCAGCCGGUUGCUAUGAGACCGAACUGAAAGCCCUUCAGAAGUUGGAUGUAGCUUUUGCUGGAAGUUGACAUAUUUUUAGCUCGUAGCACUUAGUGCUCCGUGGCCUCGAUGAAAAGUCGCUAAUUUCCCGGUACUGGAGGCUGAAGUGGUUUCCUGGCCUGACGUUCCCCCUCCGAGGAGAAUCUGAAGGUGAAGUAAAUCCCAGUCGGUCUGUUUACAGCGUUAAUGUGAGGUUAUAAGCUGUAAAUGGUGGUUUGUUAACAGUUAAUAAACAUGAAUUAACGUUAGGUGUUCCAUUUAGGUUGCCAGGUUUGGAAAAUGAGACUCUCAAAUCAACUUGGCAACCCCAAAAAAAUCAUCAAGGAAUAGUUUAUUAACUGUUAAUAAACACAUUCGUGAGGGUUUAUGGUGAAUAAUGUGUAAUAAAAUGGCUUCAUUUUUACAUUUAGGUUGCAAAAAUUAGAUCUUUGAGUGGACCUGGCAACCCGUAAAUCAUCAUUAAUGGGCUGCAGCUGAGCUAUAAAGGAUUAACAGAGCAUUUAUUAACCACCAAUAAACAUAUUAUUAUGAAUAAACCCUUAUAAGCGCCAUAUAACCAUUUGAAAUGCUUUUCAUUUUUACAUUUUGGCUGCAAAAAUUAGACCCUUGAAUGAACCUGGCAACCUAAAAGUCAUCAUUAAUGGAUGGCGACUGAUUUAUUGGCUGUUAAUAAACACAUUAUUUACAACAAACCCUCAAGAGUGCCAUAUAACCAUUUAAAAACGUUAAAUAAAUGGUUUAUGAUGCAGUUACAGGCAGAUAGAGAACAUUUCCAAGUGUUUAUUAAUACUCAUUUAUACAUUAUACGUUAUUAAAAAGCAGACUUAAUACGGAUUUACAGCAUUUACAGAGUAUCUCAGUGGAUUUGUGGUCCAGUGUGAUCCCCAGUAGUCGACACCAGGCUCCUAAAAGACCAGUUUAACCCAAAUAAAGGUGUUUUUAGAUGGUUGGAAUUUAACAGCUGAUGCUUUCAGAUGCUUCUGCCAGAUUUUUGUUAAAGUAUUUGCCCUCAAAUGACAAAAAAAAAUCCUUAUGUCGUCGGUAAAUCACUCACAGAUUUCAUUGGAACCAGUUCUGACCAAGAAAAAGCCUCUUUAGAAGCCGUUCACUGUGUUUUCUGUGAAGAGUCAGAAGAAGAAGCUGCAUCGUGUCGGGAUCAAAUAUGAAAACCCCAACAGAUAAAACCAAAAUUAUCUGCAUGGUAACAUCAAAUGCAAAAGCCAUACUUGGAAACAAACCAAGGAGGGAGUUAAUUGUGGCCUAAAUAAUCGAUUAAAUUGGACUUUUUUUUUGCAGGAAACAUGCUUUUUCAUGCAUCAAAGAACGAGUCUUCUCCUUCCACCGAUCCACCGUGAGUUUGGUUUUUAUGUGGGACGAAGGAUCAGAUCAUUUAUUUACCCUGAAAGUGUCCAUAGGAUAAAUAAUAUCUGACAUUAUUGAUCUGAAAGUGGUUAAAAUGCUCCAUUAUUGGGAAGCAAACUCCUAAAAACGCUGUCAUGCACAAAUCUGAAGCCUCUUCCUGCCAUAAUGUUCUUUUUUUAUAUAAUUUUCAACACAGAAACCCGUCGGACUCUCCUUCCCGUCCUCUGUAUUAAUCGUUUUCACAUCAGAAGCCGUCCUGUCGCUCGUUUUUUUUCCGUUUAUUUACCUGAAGCGAGGGGCGUGGACGGAGCGAGGCUUGUCAUGUCUGUGCCUGUGUGUUUGUAAAAUGCUGUGAAGUUCAUGUCGUAGUUUUCUGUUCGGCGACGGCGCCGGCAGCAGCUGUUUUUAGUGAACUAUUAAAGCAAACGCUCUGAAUCUGAA